AUGUCUUCUGUUAAAGGUCUUCUGCUCGCCAGUUUGGCAGGCUCGACUUUGGGCAGUGCGGUUUCUCGCGCUGCACCAGAGCCUUUCGCCGACACAGUGUUCGUUAAUGGAACGAUCCACACACUGGACGCUCAAUCAACCACCGUCACUGGGGGAUCUUUGUCCAUUACCAACGGUGUAAUCACAUGUGUUGGUCAAGAGCAGGAUUGCAAGCCUCUUAUCGGGAACUCCACCAAGGUGGUGGACUUGAACGGCAAGGCAAUGAUACCUGGUCUGAUCGAUGCUCACAUCCAUCCUCUCGAUGCUGGACGAGCUAUGCUUGGAUGUACUAUGCGCUUCCAACAGCUCACUCAGGCUGCUCUUCGCCAGAACAUCCAGGCCUGCCUCGACGCGGAACCCGGAAAGACUGGUCUUUUGACAGUUACUGAGUUCGACCGCGAAGGAUUCACCACUAUCAACGGACCUGCACACAGGUCUAUGCUCGACUCUCUCCGAACCACUCGCCCGAUUGCUAUCAUCGCUACUAGCCAACACAACAUCUUUGUCAAUACCAAGGCUCUCGAGGCCGUCAACAUCACUCGCAGCUCGCCCAACCCUCCUGGUGGCAGGCUCGGACGCGAUGCCAACGGUGACCUUACUGGUGUGCUCGAGGAGAAUGCUGUUGUUCCCAUCCGAGCGCUUAUGGGCGACCGUGGCAUUUCCCAGCUCGAUGCCGCCACUGUUGCACUAUCACAGUUGCGCCAGAAGGGUAUCACUAGUUUCCUGGACGCACUCCAGACUCCUCACACAGCCUGGUCUAGCCUCAAGGCAUCCAACGAGCUUACCGCUCGUGUCUUCAACAACUUUGGAAUCUUCGGCAGCACUGAUUUCCCAACCAUCAUCUCCCAAGCGGUGGCGAGCAAGAAUCAGCUCGACGAAGGCGACCUGGUAGCAUCUCCCGGUCAACAAUGGCGCAACGUCAAGUUCUUCGUCGAUGGCAUUCUACCUUCAUCCUCCGAGUCCAGCUGGCUGCUAAGCCCCUACAUGGUGCAAGAUGCCCAGGGCAAAUGGGUCAAAGGCAACAACUUCGGACUUCCCAACACAAACCAGACCCAACUCCAGGACCUCCUCACCCGCACCCUCGAUGCCGGUAUGGGCCUCCACGUCCACGCCAGCGGCGAUCAAGCCGUCCGCACUAUCCUCGACGUUGCCACCGCCAUGAACCGCACCUUCGCCCCCUCCGACAUUGGCAUCGCCCACGCCGAGCUCGUCGCUGUCGAAGACCGCAACCGCUUUGGCGAACUCGGCAUUCCAAUCAUCGCCUCCUACCAAUGGGCACAGAAAUCAACCUACUGGGCCGGUGACAACUCACAGGUUCUCGGUGCCGAGCGCAUGGCACUGUGUCAAGGAAGCGGCCACCUCAACAACGCAGGCGCUCUCAUCGCAUACGGAUCCGACUGGCCCGUCGACCCACUCGACCCUUUCCUUGCUCUUGCCAUCGGUGUCACUCGCUCCGGUGACCCCUUGAACAAGAACGCGCACGCUAGCUUCGGUGCCCAGUUUGUCGGUCGCCUGGACCAGCAGCCUGGACUCUCUCGUGAGGCUUCGCUCAGGGGAAUGACGACUGCGGCUGCCAUUUACCUCAACGCUUCGUCUAGCAUUGGAUCGCUUGAGAAGGGCAAAUUUGCUGAUCUCUUGAUCUUGGACAAGGACUACUUUGACGAGAAGGCUGUUCCUGAUGAGCAGCUGGCUAGGAACAAGGUGCUUUUGACUAUGGUUGGUGGACGUGCUGUCUUUGCUGAUAAGGCUGCUACUUUCCUGCCCAGCGAGUGGCAUGCCGAGUCGCAGAAGCUUGAGAGCAACCAGGUUGUUCAGCGCAUGAAGCCGGGUAACAUUCUUAGCCGCGCUAUUACUGGCCGCGCUUGCGGGUCGCAUUCUGGACACGAGCACUAG